CGUUGUUACCGGUUACCACCCCUCAUCUUCGCACUAUUUAACCUCCACACUCCCCCCCCCCCCCAUUGACCAUUGUUACCACCAUUCAACGGUUUCACCUCCACUUCCUCUUCCUUCAACCUCACUCUGUUUAUGAGCAGUGGUCGAUUGAGGGUGCCAUUGUUGCGGAAGGUUGCGGAAGGUUUUUGAAGGUUAAUUGUUGUGUAAGGGGCAAAAGAGAUGAAGAAAUCAAAUGCAAUGCCAAUUAUAAUUGGAGGAAUGGUGUUGGAUAUUCAUGCCACUGCCUCCGUUCCUUCUACUGCUAAAAGCACCACGCCUGGUCAGAAUGAAUUUAUACUAGGAGGUGUAGCAAGGAACAUUGCUGAGUGCCUGUUAAAGCUUGGAACAAAAUCGUUCAUGAUCAGUGCUCUGGGAUGUGACCUGCCAGGAGACUUGUUGUUGGAACAGUGGAGAUCAGCUGGGUUACUGACGGAAGGUAUACAACGAGGCCUGGACAUUACGACAGCUUCUGUAUGCAACAUGUUCGACAUUAAUGGAGAUUUGACAGCAGGUGUUGCUAGCGUGGAAUCAAUUGAAAAAUACGUUACUCCUCAGUGGAUUCAGCAGUUCAAGUCCAUUGUACAUUCUGCUCCAGUGAUGAUGGUUGAUGCUAAUUUGAGCCCUGAAGCUCUCAAAGCUUCCUGUAGAAUGGCCGCUGAUUUUGAUGUUCCGGUGUGGUUUGAGCCAGUUUCAGUUACAAAAUCUGAAAGAGUCGCUGCAAUUGCCAACUAUAUCACUUUUGCCUCUCCAAAUGAGCAUGAACUUAUUGCAAUGGCAAAUUCCUUGUCCCGUAAAAAUAAAUUUAGGCCUAUUGAGAGGGAUCAAAGGAAGAUGAAUGCUUCCAUAGAGUCCUUGUUCAAAGAGCUGAAACCAGCAAUCUUAGUCCUGCUGCAAAAAGGUAUCAAGUAUGUGCUAGUGACACUUGGACCUGAUGGCGCAUUCUUAUGUUCCGGAAGUGGGCCCUCUGGUUUGAGAGAAUGUUUGAGCAGCACAAAAAGUUUUGAUAAAAAGAGAGAGAUCUUUGAUAAGGUCAGCAAUAGAUGCCCUACACAUCAAUAUUUGGGUCCCACACCAUACAAAAAAGGCUCUCAGUUAUUUGUAAUGCAUUUCCCUGCACUUCCUGCAACAGUUGGUAGGGUUAGUGGUGCUGGAGAUUGUUUAGUUGGUGGGAUGCUUGCAUCGUUGUGUUCGGGUUUGGAUGUCAUGCAGAGUGUAGCUGUUGGUGUUGCUGCUGCUAAGACAGCCAUUGAGGUGAAAACCAACGUGCCUGACAAAUAUGAUUUAACAACAGUUGCAGAUGAUGCAGGCGCGGUAUACAGUGCUGCCAAAGUUGUGUUCCAGGAAUCUAUGUUGUGAAAUUCUCAGACACGAGUAAACAAUCAAUGAACGAUUUACAACUGUGUUUGAGAUUGAGAAUCCGCGUUAGCCUUUUUGGCUAGAGAUCGGGGAUUGGAUUUGAUGAAACCAUUUUUAAGGUGUAAAUUAGAAGGAGAUUGAGAUGGGAAAGGUAAGGCUGGGAAAAGGUUUGGUUAAUGUACAUGAGAUUUGAUACAUUAGGAGUAGGAAAGUUUCAUACACUAAGAGCUAAUUAUAAGUGGUCUAUUAUUUUGGGACGGAGUUAAAUGUGGUCUAUUGUUUACGACCAAAGUGAGUGUAAAUAUAUUGUCCUAUCAAAAAAAAAAAGAAAAGAAAUGCUAGCAGUAUUGAUUGAGUUUGUCGAUUUACACAUAUUUGUGUAGGUAAUUGCCAACAGGAAUUCUAUAAGCGUUUUUUGAAAGAAUUACAAUUUAAUCAUUGUUUUGUA